AUGAAGGUCACUAUCAAAGAAUGGAAUGCCGUCGCAUCCUGGCGCUGGGACAUGCCCGAAGACGAAGUGUGCGGUAUCUGUCGCGUCCAGUUCGACGGAACUUGUCCAACGUGCAAAUUUCCUGGCGACGACUGUUCUCUGUUAAUCGGAACGUGCGGCCAUUCUUUCCACAUGCACUGUCUUCUUACGUGGAUUGCGCAAGAAUCUUCAAAAGGACUUUGUCCCAUGUGCCGACAGAAAUUCGAGUGGAAAAAGAACGACGAGACCGAGGCCACAGGUCAACCUGCCGAACCUACCUCCUCGUAG